UGUCAUUUUUUUUUAAACAAGAAUCGAUAAAAAUGGCCUAUAUUGCCGGAGUGGAGCUUGGAGGCACGACAUGUAUUGCCGCAAUUGCAGAGUUACGCCAACCAACAAAGAUUAUUGCGAAUUUUGAAACUGACACGGAAGCUAGGCCACAGGAGACGCUCUCAAGUUUGACGAAAUUCCUUCAGGAGAAGCGCACGAGUCUGGGCAUCGCUUCGUAUGAAGCUAUCGGAAUCGCUUCCUUUGGGCCAGUAGAUCUGUGCAGGAGUUCUCCAACCUACGGCUUUAUCACCACAACUCCAAAAGAACCUUGGAGAAAUACCGAUAUAGUCGGCUUUUUUAAACGUGAAUUCGGCGACUCCACUCCAAUUGGGUUCGAUACAGAUGUCAACGCACCAGCAAUGGCUGAACUCGCGAAAAUUGAACACGAUCCCGCGGAUCCUCCCACGGUGGUUUACAUCACUGUAGGAACUGGUGUCGGCGUAGGAGCUGCGGUGUGUGGGAAACCCUUACACGGGCUUCUUCAUCUCGAGGGAGGACAUACUAUGGUACCACCCCUCGAUGGGGACAGCUACCCUGGGGGGUGUGGUUUCAACCAUGGGUAUUGUGUAGAGGGCAUGGUGCACUCUAAAGCAAUUGCAGCUCGAGCUAAGGUGAGCCAAAGGGAACUCCAUACCCUAACAGAUGAUCAUGAGGUGUGGGAGAAGGCUGGCUACUACCUCGGAGUUCUGUGCCUAAAUGUCACAUAUCUGCUCUCUCCUCAUGUGAUUGUCUUGGGGGGAGGAAUCCUGAAGCGCAGAGUACUUUUUAGCAAAGCAAGAAGAUGGUUUAAGGAUUUAAUGAAAGGAUAUCUUGAGGUAGAGAAAUUCAAGACUGAAGAUGGAUUGGCAAGUUACAUUAGGGGAAGCAUUUUUGGUGAUUCAACUGGAAUUAUCGGUGCUUUAGAACUGGCCAGGAAAGAAGUCUGUAACAGAAAUUGAAAAAAAAAAAAAACUACUGAUAAGAUGGAUGUUUGAUAGUUUUUGUGAUUAAUUUUUUAAAUUUCAUGAAGCUCACCAUUUAAUGAACAUUUAAUUUAAAUAAAAUGAAAGUUAAUAAGAAUUGCAUGCUUAGGUUCCACAACAUGAAAAACAGAAUUUAAUCAAAUGAAGAAGAAAAAAAUGCAAUUUGUAACAGUAUCUUUUUCAGUAAUUGUUGGUGAUGAAUGUUUUAGUAUUGCCUGAGUAUAGAGAAACUUUGUUGCUAUGAAACAAGUUGGGAGACUGUUUAUUUAAUUUGCACUAUUUUAAAAAAUUGUAAAAGAAAUCUGGAUCAGUGUGUAAAAUAAAACAAUUGUGGC